AUGCCAAAUAGCUCACUAACGACGACACUAGAACAUUUUUCUGUCGAAUUAUUUCUUGAAUUAUUCAAAUUUUUUGGUCUCACUUUGAGAAUCAAUAGUAUCCUAUCACAAACAGAAAAUAAAAAUACUUUGAGUCUGGUGAGUGAAAAAGAUUUAAAAUUCCUCCUUGAACAAUCAGCCAAAAACAGCAAAGUCGUCCUAAGUCCAUCAAAUAUUAAAUCACUAAAAUUACAUGCUGCUUUGUUAUCAUCAAAAUCUGAUCAUAAUCUUUCACAACUUUUUUCCAUAUAUCCACUCAUUGCCUACAAAGAACUUCACACAUUAAUUGUCCCCAAUAUAAAAUGCUAUACCAAUGCAGACUGCACUAAAUUCAAUGAUUUAAUAUCACAAGCUGCACAACUGAAAAGUCUUCACACUUUAGAACUUCGAUCAUCGACGAAAAAUUCUGCAGAGAUCCUUCAAAAUUUAAUUCAAAUGAUAUUUGAGGAAGAAGAAUGUUUUCUUUCUUUGAAACGUUGUCGAUUUGAUUUAGAGCACAAUGGAGAUCUAUUUUUCCAACGAAUGUGGGUGAAUCGACCAUCAAAAUUAACAAAAAUUGAAUAUCUCAUGUUGUCAUCUCUUCUAUUUGGUAGUUUUGCUGAGUUAAGUGCUUGUCUUCCGGCAGUGAAAUCAAUUAAAGCUGCUGGUAUUACAAUUCAUUCAGAACCUAGACAACUGAUGCCAGCUGAACGUAGUUUACCUUGGCAUAUUGCAUAUUUAAUUGGCGUACAGAAAACUGAAUCAACAUCAUCAGUUCUGGAAUCUCCUCCCACUUCAUCAUCAGAUCGUUCAUUUCAACAUCGAAUAUUUGUACACGUAUUUGAUCAAUGUACUCAAAAUAACCGUGCUUCAGAAAUACAUACUAUAGAGAUGGCUUCAACAGAUACUAUUGAGAUGACUUCGUUUAAUACAACAGAACAUUUACCUUCAAUUAUUGGUGAAUCUGCUGUCACUGUGAGACCUACAAUACAAGCAAAUAAUCAUGUUAAUUUUACUGAAAUGAUGGAUUUACCUUAUAAUCAAUUAAGACAAGAAGUAAAAACAUUAUUUACAUUUCAUCCAAAAGAAUGGAUCAGUGCAUUUCGACCCAAUCCGAAAUUUCCAUUGUUUGCUGUUGGUGAUAUCGAUGGAUUUAUUGCUUUAUUUGUGAAUAAUUUAUCAACAUUAGUAGCUAUUAUUCUUGCUCUUAAAAUUGUAUUUAAUGAUGAACUUAUCUAUGGAAAAAUUAUUCCUGGUGUAUCACUAUCGAUGUUGUGGGGAAAUUUAUAUUAUGUAUAUAUGGCAAGAAAACUUGCUUAUAGAGAAAAUCGUGGUGAUGUAUGUACAAUGCCCUAUGGAAUAAAUACACCAGGAGCAUUUGCAUUUAUUUUCAGUAUAAUAUUACCAACUUAUUCCAGUUGUAUGAAGAGUCGUAAUGAUCCACAUACAUGUCAAAACUUAGCAUGGCAUGUGGCAUUGGCAAGCAAUUUCAUGACAGGAAUUAUUCUUCUUGUAUUAUGUUUUGUUGGAGAAUUUAUUCGACGAAAUACACCUAGUGUGGCACUUCUUUCAUCGAUAUCUGGUAUUGGAUUUACUUAUUUAGCAUUAAAUGAAUAUUUACCAGUAGCCGCAUCACCGAUUGUAUCAUUUAUUCCAUUUGCAAUAGUUAUGCUUGGUUACUUUGCUGGAGUUAAAUUUGGUCCAGUUCCAUUUGCAUUUGUUGGACUUGUUGUUGGUACUAUUUUUGGAUGGGCAACAUCAUUAAAUCAUGGAAGUGACGUAAAAGAAGCAGUAGCAAUUAUUAAACGUUAUCCAUUAGUAUUUCCAAUUCAAGAAAUGUUUGCACAUAUACAUGAAAUAACUUCAUAUUUAUCAACAGUAAUUCCAACGGCUAUAUCAAUUGCUAUUGGAACAAUACAAUGUGUUGAAUCAGCUAAAAGAGCUGGAGAUUUUUAUCCAACUCGUGAAUCAAUGUUUGUAGAUGGAAUUGGAACAUUAAUCGGAAGUUUUUCUGGAUCAAUUCUUGGAAUGACAACAUUUAUUGGUCAUCCAGCUUUUAAGAAAAUGGGUGCUAAACAAGCUUAUUCAAUAGCUAAUGGUAUUGCCUUCUUACCAAUAUGUUUUUUUGGUAUCCAUGCAUUACUACUAUCAGUUAUUACUAUUGUUUCAGUCAAUCCAAUUAUUAUAUUUAUUGGUUUGGUUAUUUAUUCUGAGACACUUGCAAUAACACCACAACGUCAUUAUCCAGCAUUUCUUCUUGGUAUUAUGCCUAUUAUAGCUGAUUGGACUAAAGAUACAAUAAUAGAUGGUGUUUCAGGUGCUUAUAGAGAAUUUGUUGUUCCUGAUGCGGAUUUUAAUCGUAAUGUUACUGCACAUAUAAAGACCUUUUCAUAUCCUGGUCUUUUAAAUUUUUCUAGUGGAAGUGUUCUUCAAUGUAUAUUUUUAACAGCUAUAUUUAUGUAUAUGAUUGAUAGAAAAUUUAUUCGAGCAGCUAUAUGGUCUAUAUUAGCAGCAAAGUUUUCAUUUAGGGGUUUAAUUAAUGCCCCACGUUUUCGAAUUUUGAAAGAACAACCUGAUGAUGAUGGUUGGAAAUUUACUGUUGCUUAUUUGAUGUUAGCAGUUUUCUUUGGUUGCUUCGAAUUUGCUCAACGACGACGUUGGGUAAAACAGCCGGAAACAGAACCCGAUGAUGUACCUGCGAUAGCAUGGACCCAAUGGAAUCGACAAAAAUUAUUAUAA